AUGCCUAUCACACGCACUGCUGUCAACAGCAAGCAAUCGUCACCCAAAGCCUCUACUUCCAAUGAUGAUAUAUUGGCUCUCAUUAAGACUCUUAAGGAAGAAAUUUCCUUUUCCAAUAAGUCGCUCUCAGACUCUUUGUCCAAGAAAUUUAAUGAGCUUAAAUUGGAAUUUCAACGUGUCUCUAAACAAGUAUCUGAACUUAAAACUUCGUAUGCCGCCCUCUACAGUGAAGUUGACGAUCUUAAGGGUAAAGUUGCUAAAUUGGAGUGCAGCAAUCCCUUAGUGAAUUCCCAAUCUAUUGUUUCCCAAGUCCUUCAAGAAAAUUUUGAGCAUGAAAGAUGCCUCCCCAAUUUAAUUGUAUAUGGAGUUCCUGAGUCAAAUUCACCGGAUACUUCUGUAAGGAUUGAUCAUGACAAACUUACCAUUUCUAGUUCUCUUGGUUCACUUGAGAAUGCAGUUCCCGAUAAGUAUAAGCUGAUUCGUCUUGGUAGAUCCCGUGCUGAUUUCACACGUCCAAUAAAAAUUAUUUGUGAAUCUAAGGAUGCCGCCUCAAAUCUAUUUUUUGCAUACAACUCUGCUAAACGUUCUGGAAAGCCUUUUCCUGAAGGUUUUCGAAUGUCCAGGGAUAGAACUACCUUACAGCGAAAGCUCUUACGCACAUGCUAUGAAGACCUUGAAAGGAGAGUCAAAAGUGGCGAAACAGGCCUACGUGUGGUAUUCGUGAACGGGUUCCCUACUGUUGGUUCAGCGCUUUCAAAAAACGGGGAUGGUCGUUUCCUCAGUCAUGCAAGCCAAUCUUAA